AUGGAAGACGCUGGGAUCACAAUAACGCAAACACCGACGGGUGCCUCUUUCGUGACCCUUAGCGACUUCAGUAUAACCACUCCAACUAUCAUCACGACUACCAAAGCCGGAAGCAGCAACCAAGAGAUCGUGCCAGUCCUUCUUGUGAAGCCGAAGAAGAAGAACCCCACAGACCCGGAUCCAAUUCCAGUGCCGGUCGUCUGCUUUGGGUGCUUUCCGGGCAUCCAAUUCCCACCAAAGAUCAAAGUGACACUUAACUUACCCGACAUUUGCAUUCAGAUCCUAUGGUUCAAGAUUGGAAACUGCCCCUCGGGCGAAGACAAAAAGGGCGGAGGUGGUGGUGGUGGAGGCGACGGCAACGACGAUGACAAACCCGACGACGAACCCGACGACCCGGAGAGCACACAAAAGUCAACAGAAAAGACCUCGUCAACGUCUUCGUCUUCGUCAUCUUCUUCAUGCACCGUUACUGCGACUGCUACUCACCAGACGGUGUAUUGCUCUGUGAUCCAGGGUUUGCGGUGGCGGUGUCUGCCAAUCCACUCCGAAUCGGGCAUUGUCUCGAGAGAAGGAAAGCGCGGAAACCCAGCUCAUGGCGAGUGGGUUGAUCCCGACGACUAUCCCAACGGAUAUGCCGAGUUUAUGCCUGCUCAGCUCCGAGAGGCAAGAAGUCAGCCGCGAGGUGAAGGCUUCGCACCGAAGCUCCUCAAGCAAGGCCCGGGUCCUGCUCGAGGGCCCUAUCCCAUAUUCAACGAUACCGAUGAAGGUGAAGAAGCAGCGCAAGAGUAUUAUUACUCGGAGCUGCCUGUAUCGACCGAAUUUCUUAUUUUUGAGGACGAGGUACAAUCGCUGGCCAUUGACCAGAUGGUCGGCUGCGAUGCGAUCAUCCUGGUCUCACGCCUGGGCGCCUUCGUUUGCCAUUUCUAUCAAGGAUCCUGGAACAGCGAUAGACACAUGGACGACCUUAUGAGAUUCUGUUACUACGGGCGCCCGGAAGGCGACCCAAUGCAUGAAUGGGCUCAAUACGGCAUUGACAAUGUCAGAGACCAUCCCGAAGAGGGCAAGCGAGGCAUCAUACUCGGGGACCAGGACUCCGACGCAGAGGAAGACGACUUCGAGGAUAUUGUCGCCUUCAUCAUAACGCCCAGAGUGCGGCCGAACAUUUGGAUAAUCGACCGUGACGGGCCCAGAGUCAUACCAGAUGAAGAGAUUCUGGCCCCUGACGUCAUGGCGGGCCGUCUUAGAUAUGCGCCAGACAGAGUCAACAGAGUCAAACAGAUCUUGACGGGAAUCUUCGUCGACAUUCCUAUCAAGACGAUCGAUUAUCCUCCUGCAAUGCUGCCGUAUGCCGAAUGGAGCAGGCUCGAGGCUCUUGGUGAUGCGUUUGCUUUUGCCGAGGGGCUUCAGGACAGCAUUGUCGAUACGCCCCGCGUCGGUGCCGCUCUCAACGACAUCAUUGUCUCUGAAUGUCACGACUCUGGCACCUUUUACGGCGAAUGCUACGACAGUGGCAACCAGCGAAACGACAUUGACGCAGUUUCAGUCAUCUUCAGCGUCUUCGAAGAUUUCCUCACCCUCUUCAAAAUCUUUCUCGGUCAUGUCGAAAUCGUCCAAGACCACGUCGAAGCCAAUCUCGUCGACAGGAACUCCCCGCCACUCCGUGACAUCCUCCGCUUCGCCAACAUCAAAGAACCCGCCAGCAACCAGCAGCGGACCCACGACGUCUGA